CCGAAAAUAAUGCCUGAAAGUGGAAGAAGCUUUUGAGGGUAUGGCGUAUGGGUAGUGGAUUGCAGUGAUGCCUUUUCUUCAGCUGCAAUGGCGAAGGGCAGUUUCGUCAUUAAAUAAAAAUCUACACCUCUAUUUAAAGUCGCUCCAAUGUCUGAUUUACCAAGAAUUUUCUUUCCUUUUCUGUCAGUUUUGUUUUUGUAAUUGAGAUCUUGACAUAUCGGAACCGCCUUCUUCCGCCGUCGCCGGAUCCCAUCUUCUUUCAUUUCUCAGGCUGAAUUAGUAGGGGUGUGAUUAAUUUAGCAGUGAAUUAAUAGGCGUCCAAUUAAUUUAGCAGUUGGUUCAUAUGCAGACUAGUUAACUCUGAUAUUAAGAGGGGUGAAGGUAUCUGAGAACAGUGUAAUGGUUAAAGCAUACUCUCAGGAGUACACUUACAAGCACCCGUGGGAUCGGGUAACUUGUGCAUCUUGGCGUAAAUUUGCCGACCCUGAGAACAAGCGUAUAUUGUCCCAUAUUCUUGAAGUUGACACCUUAAACAGAAAGGUUGACCCUGAAUCUGGGAAGCUAUAUACAACCCGUGCUAUCACAAUCCAUGCCCCUGGACCAUGGUUUGUUCGUAAAAUUGUUGGUCAGGAUAUUUGCCACUGUGUCGAAUCCACAGUUGUAGAUGCUCGAUCACAAUCGAUGCAACUCACAACUCGAAAUAUUAGUCUCCAGAAGUUCAUAGAAGUGGUGGAGAAAAUCAGGUAUGAACCUCACCCAGAAAAUCCAAACGGAUGGACAAUUUGCAAACAGGAGACAAGUAUUCGGAUCAAGCCAUUGUCAGCACUGGCAUCAAUGGCUGAAAAAGUGGAGCAACGAUGCGCAGAGAGGUUCGUGCAAAACAGUGCCAAGGGUAGAGAAGUGAUGGAGAGGAUAUGUAAGUAUCUUGAAGCAGAAUCUAAUGGAUUCACAAUCUAACUGUUACUUCCUCUCGCUAAUUAUGUACUGGUUCGAAAGGAUGGGUGAAGUGUGCUAUUUCCAGAGACCAGAGCUGUUUUUAAUAAAAUAAUUCUCAUGGAGAAACUUAGGAUACUCCCCAAAUUUUGAUAAGAUGAGAUUUGAAUUAUAGAGCAUCAUGUCCCAUUGCAUUUUCCUGACAUCUGUAUUUUUGGCUAUGGAAUGCCUUCCUAGCUUUAGUUGAUUGUUUGUAAAAUGGCCUUUGAUUUUUAUCAGAACUUCUCAUAAAUAUGCUUACAGAAUGUGUAAUGUUUCUGUUAGGUGCUCUCUGGCAGCAUUUAGCCAUGCUAUUCUGCUGUUGUUGUUCCUUGUGUGGAAACAAAGAAAAAGGAAAAUUUUGAGCUGCUGAAAA